UGCUACCAAACCAGCACAACACAUAGAUCAAAAUGGUUCGUUACGGCGCCACCUCUACCGACCCAGCUAAGUCUGCCUCUGCUCGCGGUGCCUACCUCCGUGUUUCCUUCAAGAACACCCGUGAGACUGCUCAAGCCAUCAACGGUUGGCCAUUGGAGAAGGCUCAAAAGUACCUUGCCCAAGUUACUAAGCACGAGAGAGCCAUCCCAUUCAGACGUUUCAACUCUUCCAUUGGUCGUACUGCUCAAGGUAAGGAGUUCGGUGUCACCAAGGCUAGAUGGCCAGAAAAAUCUGUCAAGUUCAUCCAAGGUUUGUUGACCAACGCUGCUUCCAACGCUGACGCUAAGGGUUUGGACUUGUCAAAGCUGUACAUCUCUCACAUCCAAGUUAACCAAGCUCCAAAGCAAAGAAGAAGAACCUUCAGAGCUCACGGUAGAAUUAACGCUUACCAAUCUUCUCCAUCCCACAUUGAGUUGGUUUUGACCGAGAAGGAGGAGACCGUUGAGAAGGCCUCUGAGAAGACUGUUGCUAGAUUGAGCACUAGACAACAAGCUAGAUUGGCCUCCCAAAAGAGAAUCUCUGCUUAAACACUUGUGUUGAUUUAAUGUACAAAAAGAAUAUCAGGUUUUAAGGUUUUUAAUGUGGUGUUUUUCCCCUUGCAGUGUAG